AUGUUACGUAUACGCCGUGUGGUACACAUAUUCCUGCUCAUAGUCCUGGCCAUUGCUUGGGCAGCGGGAAAACAGGAAACUACUUCCCGCCAAUUUGGUAACCCAAGUUUUGGCAAUGGGUUAGGCCCUGGAGGUGGUUUUGGUCCUGGCUUUGGUCCUGGCCAGGGAUCUGGUCCUGGGGCAGGAUUCGGUUAUGUACCACCACCCCAAUCCGGUUGCCCCUUGUGCGAUUCCUCAGUUUAUAGCUAUUGCUCCCACAAGAUGGUGCACGAUGCCUGUUGCUGCGAUUUUCCAGCCACCGGUCCUGGACAGCUGCGACCACCGCAGUGCCUGUACUACGAUUGCUCCUUGUUGUAUGCCAAAUCCUGUUACGAACACUCCCUCAUCAAGAACUGCUGCUGCAAUAGUCCCUAUUAA